AUGUCAAGUGCUGCUUCAAGACUUCAAAACGUCAAUAUUGUGUCCAACAAUUAUUCUCGUUACGGCACCUCCGUUUACGAUAAGUUGUACCAUAAUAGCGGCAGUAGUGGCAAUAAUGCCGGAAAAGGCCCUACUACAGUUGGUAAACUAUCAUCUACCUCACAAAAAUCUAGGACUAAACAGCGCCAUGGCUCAAAUUGCUCCAGAUCAAUGAGUCAAUCGCCCAUAUCGACGUUCAAAUCUCCGCUCAGUAAUCAAAAUCAAACUAGCGCUCCAGAUGAUUCGGCCUCUAUAGGGCAAAGACGCAGUGACGACGUUACUUCUUUAGACAACGAAACAAUUGUAACAAUGAACUCAAGGAAAUCAAGGAUUAAGAAGAAGUAUAAAUCCUUAAUCUCCACUUCUUCAAAAAAAUUUAUGAACAAAUUGUACGAUCAUGGUGCUUCAUCCGAUUCAUUUUCCAUAUUUUCCUUGAAGACUUCCCAUUCUGGUAAACAUGAAAAUUCUAGACUCGAAAAGCUGAGAAAAAGAAAAUACCAUGCUUGGGGCAAAUUUGCCGAUAUCAACGAUUUGCCGGUUGAAAUAAUUGCCAAAAUACUUUCCGAAUUCGAGUUAGGCCGUGACCAAAAGACGCUAGUCAGAUGUCUAUACGUCUCAAAAAAAUUCUAUAAAGCGACAAAGAUCGUCCUUUAUAGGCUACCUUAUUUCACUUCCACUUACAGAGUGGCGCAGUUUGUCACUUCACUAAGAUUACAUCCGGAUAACGGGGCAUACGUGAAAGUAUUGGACCUAUCACGUCUGAAGCCGGGAAUUAUAGGUCAAGAUUCGAAGGAUUCUCAAGGUUUAGACGAUGAUAGCCACUCAAGGCGUCACAGACGCCGUCGUCGUAGAUCUACUAACACAACCUUGAAUCUCCCUCCGGCCACCCCAACAUCUACCAUUUCUAAUGAGGAUGAUGUUAAUAGCGGAUCAAUUAGAGACGACGCUCCAAAUAGCGGAGAGAUUGAAGACUUAGCAUUGGCUGGUUGGAGAGAUUGGAGAUAUAGAAAUGAGCCGCUCUAUAGUUCUCCUCUGUUGAACAGUUUUAAAUUGAAAAAAGUCGUCUCUCGUUCUUCUUCUAUCACUUCUACAUCUUCUGGAAAUUCUACCGGUGUUCACUCCACAAGGAGGCAACGUUCUAAUAGUUCCGUCGCUUCCAUAACAACCAGCAUCAUGUCAUCCAUCUAUAACACUUCUCAUGUCUCAUUAUCUUCAACAACCUCGAAUACCAGUAAUGGUAAUAUAUCUUCUGGUAGUAAUCUGACAAGAGUCUCUACCGCUGGAUCAUUGAAAAAAACUCCUGCGAAGUCCACAAGGUCAUCUCCUCAGAAACAAAAGCCAAUUUCUGACAUUACGUCGUCUUCCUGGUUCAGAAUGAAGCUGAGUUCAAGAAACAGAAAGGCAAGAACAGCUAAUGCGAUCGGCAUGAAGAACUCGAGGGAUAAACCCGAAGAUGACUUUAAGGAUACGAAGCACGACUCGGGGCAUCCAUCCAAUUAUCGUCCUUCAACAUUAAAAUUUAGUAUUGAACAGCCAUUCAGUACUCACCAUCCGUAUGCCAACAAAUUUCUUUUAAAGUACGCUCCUUACAAAGAUUUGCCCUUGGGUUAUAUUUUACAUAUGUUGAACAUGUGUCCUAACCUUGUCGAAUUAAACCUUUCCAAUUUGGUUAUUUGUACCGAUUUUAAAUUAAUCAACCAAAGAACCGAAAGAAGAAGAAUGACAUCCUCACUAUUGCCCGCUGUCCAGGAGUCAAGUAUCUCUGCAGGACCUGAACAAGAUUUAGAAGUUGUUUAUAUGACUGAUUCCGGCAAAGGCUAUGAGUAUUAUGAGGGGUUAAGCAAGAAACACUCACGUUCUUCAAGUUUAGGUACCAAUCCGUCAAAUUGGAUUGGUGGUCAGGCAAAUUGGGUAGAUUAUCCACCCCCAAUCGAUGCACAAACUAAAACAAGAGAGGAACACAGACGUAACAAUACUUUGAGCCAGAACAAGAACGUCAUAUUAAAGAAAUUGAACCCUUUUGCAAUUUUUGAAAUAAUCUGCGAUAGAAAUGAAGAAAAAGGUGGCUACAGCUUUUUAAGUAAGGUGAAAAUGAAUGACAUUGUCUGGUGCAGACAAUACAUGGUAAAGUACUUCGUGAUGAGGACGUUUCGCCAGCAUCUGGAUUAUAAGUCUAUGGAUAAUAACUCUUACGAACGGCACAUAUUCAGUUUCCGAGACUCUGGCUUGGACAGAAAUUUUUCCUGGGCUUGUAGUGCCAAGUUGCAUGAAUUUGUUGCGUUGAUGGUAAUGGAUCAGCUCUCAAAAUCAGACGAUUUAGGAUUAGAAGAGCUUUUCAAUAUCAAAUCCGAGAAGCUAUAUAUAAAAAGCUAUUGUUCUCGAGACCCUGAUAUUCUCGAAAUAUCAAACUUAUUUGAUAUCAGAUAUGGAGUCGGAUCUGAAGCUGAUGCUACUUCCGAUUCCAAUCCCGAAGCAGAAUCUCUACAAUUCAGGCUAACCAUAUUGAAAACAGGAAAGCCAACUUCAUUUUGGCUCAGAAAAGUUUCCAAAAAUUAUGUUUCUUUGGUCGUUAAAUUAUGUGUGAAUGAUGACGUUGAUAUGGACAAAAUCAAAGUAGGAAAACCAACCUUGAGAAUAGACAGUAUUACACACGACUUGCUAAGUAGGUUAAAGGAGUUGAGAAGAGUUGAUCUAAGAAGGAAUGUUGGCGAAAAUAACUACUGUGAUGAAAGUAUCCUGUAA